AUGGCCACCAUGUGUUACAUCCUCUGUUUUGCUCUCCAGGUAUAUUUCGAUCUGCAGAUUGGGGAUGAAGAUGUGGGGCGGGUUGUCAUCGGCCUCUUUGGAAAGACCGUUCCCAAGACUGUCAAGAACUUUGUUGACCUGGCCACAGGGGAGAAAGGGUUUGGAUACAAGGGCAGCAAGUUUCACCGUGUGAUCAAGGACUUCAUGAUCCAGGGAGGGGACUUUACCCGUGGAGACGGGACGGGAGGUAAAAGCAUCUACGGGGACCGUUUCCCUGACGAGAACUUCAAGCUCAAGCACUACGGGCCAGGCUGGGUGAGCAUGGCCAAUGCUGGCAAGGACACAAACGGUUCUCAGUUCUUCAUCACCACCGUCAAAACCUCAUGGCUGGACGGGAAGCACGUCAUCUUUGGCAAAGUCCUGGAAGGGAUGGUCAUCGUGAGAAAAAUGGAGAACACCACAACAGACAGCAGGGACAAGUCCCUGAAAGACGUCACCAUUGUCAACUCCGGGACCAUUGAGGUGGAGAAGCCAUUCGCCAUCGCCAAAGAGUGA